AUGGCGAACAACACCCUCGUGCCACCCCAUGGCACUCUUUCCAAUGGGAGAGCCAAUGGCUAUGCUGACAACGCCAACCAUCUCGAAUAUGACUCCAACCCUGUCGAAAAUGCAGCCAUCUCAGCUGAGUCAAUCCCUACGCAUCCCCUGGGUGUGAAACCACUGGGCAACCAGUAUCUCUCGGGCCGUCCGAACGCUCGAAAGCAUAUUGGGGUUUUCAAGAUUUUGCCCGACGAGGCCCUGAUGAUUCUCUUGGAUUACCUCGACCAGGACCGUCUGAGAAAACUGGGCUCGACCUGCAAGUUUCUUCAUGCAUCUUGCCGGUCCGACGAUUUGUGGAAGUCGCUGUUUCUACAGUCCCGCAGUUUGGGCAGAUUCGAUGGCAAGUGGCGGGGAACAUGGAGGGCCACCCAGCUCGGGCUCUCUUCUGAGCAGGAGUCCAAUAUCGACUGCAGCAACGUCUUUUCCGACGUACUGCACAGGCCGUUCGUAUGCAGUCACGUGGACUUGAAGCAGUUUACCUUGAGAAUACCAAGGACCAACCUCAUCCAGCGCAUGGAAACUCUCACCUACAACGAGUUCUCCGACAAAUGGACUGAGACGCCAUUCGUCUUGACCAACUACAUUCAGGCUUGGCCAGUCUACCAUGAGUGGACUAUGGAUGCGAUAUCGAAGCACUACGGCAAUAUCGAGUUCCGCGCAGAGGCCGUCGACUGGCCUUUUUCGACCUACCAUGAUUACAUGGAGAACAACGACGAUGAGAGCCCUCUGUAUCUCUUCGACAAGAAGUUUGCGGAAAAGAUGGAGAUUAAGGUCGGGGCCGAAGAAGGGGCGGCGUACUGGAAGCCAGAAUGCUUCGGGCCUGAUCUGUUUGAACUCCUGGGAGAGGAACGGCCAGCCCAUCGUUGGCUCAUCAUCGGCCCGGAAAGGAGCGGGUCGACUUUCCACAAGGAUCCUAACGGCACAAGUGCGUGGAAUGCCGUGAUUCAGGGAACAAAGUACUGGAUCAUGUUCCCGCCUACGGCUUCGGUGCCAGGGGUUUAUGUGUCGCAAGAUAGCAGCGAGGUAACGAGCCCUCUGAGCAUCGCGGAGUGGCUUCUCGAGUUCCAUGCAGAAGCGCGCCAGUUGCCCGAGUGCAUCGAGGGCAUCUGCAACAAGGGUGAAAUUCUGCAUGUGCCCAGUGGAUGGUGGCAUCUGGUUGUCAACCUGGAGAGCGGCAUCGCUCUGACGCAGAACUUCGUCCCUAAAAGCCAGCUCUCCGAGGUUGUGUCCUUUCUCAGGGACAAGGCAGACCAGGUUACGGGUUUCAAGCAGGACGUGACUGACCCGUAUGGACUGUUUGUUGAGCGACUGCGGCAGGAUCAGCCGGAUCUCCUAGAAGAAGCGCUCCAGGCUCUGGAAAAGAGGAACACCCAGAAAAAGAGAAAAUGGGAGGAUGCUGUGGGCGGCGGUGAUACCAAGACUGAUGAGGGUGGCUUUAGCUUUGGAUUUGGUGGUGAUCUGGAGGAUGAGGAGGUGCCUUAA